AUGGACUAUCGACUCGCGCCGCGCGAGCCCAGAUGGGGUCAGCUGCUACCGGAGCUGGUAGCGGCCGCUGCGCGCCCCUCUCCGUCGCGUGUCCGCGCGGUCCCCUAUCGCGCCGCUCCCCGAUCCACUCUUCCUUCCUACCUCACAUGCAUCUCUCCGGGGGCACCUUUCCGACACACGACCGCCCCUCAUCCCUUCCUCCCCUUUCCCCUUCCCGUCUCCCACUCCCAUGUCCACCACGAUCCGUCCCGGCCAUUUCACUUAUUCGCAGUCACGCCCCGCAUCACGCAUUCGGUACUCAGUGUCCACGUCCUCCGGUCAGUUUACCCCACAACUCUCUCUCUCUCGCGCACGCGCCGCUUCCUCACAUCCUGCGGCGCGCCAUCGCCCGUGCGCUGCGCUGCGCAGGCGAUAGAUGAUGGUGAAACGAUGGUGUACUCGGUGUGCCCCCCCCGGCUGGCUGCCUGUGGGCACCGUGUAUGUACAGUGUACAGUAGGCACGAGCAGUAG